UUCCGUCAUUAGAGAGGGAGAGAGAGGAUUUGGAAUUGGCGCCAGCGCCACCAUCCCCCGCUCGCCCAAAUUCCGCCCUCCAGCCCUGGGGUUUCCGCUCGCCGCCACCCCGAUGGACAUCGACGCCGCCGCGCCGCCGCCCCAGCCGGCCGGGGCGGCGGCAAAGGGUAAGGUGCCGCUCUCCGCAUCCGGCAGGGCCGCGCCCUGGGUCGAGAAGUACCGGCCCCAGUCCCUCGCCGAGGUCGCCGCCCACCGCGACAUCGUCGACACCAUUGACAGGCUCACAAAUGAGAAUAGACUUCCACAUUUGUUGCUAUACGGGCCACCUGGCACUGGGAAAACAUCAACGAUACUGGCUGUUGCAAGGAAACUAUAUGGGUCUCAGUAUAGCAACAUGAUUCUGGAGCUCAAUGCAUCAGAUGAUCGUGGUAUUGAUGUUGUAAGGCAGCAGAUCCAGGAUUUUGCUGGUGCACGCAGCCUCUCUUUCGGAGCAAAGCCUUCUGUUAAGUUGGUCCUCUUGGAUGAAGCAGAUGCAAUGACCAAGGAUGCACAAUUUGCAUUGCGAAGAGUCAUUGAAAAGUAUACAAAGAGCACAAGGUUUGCGCUCAUAUGCAACCAUGUCAACAAAAUUAUCCCUGCACUACAAUCAAGGUGCACUAGGUUUAGAUUUGCUCCACUUGAUGGCAGUCAUGUUAGAGAGCGUCUUCAACAUAUAAUAAAAUCUGAGGGGCUCAAUGUCGAUGAAGGUGGCUUGACAGCCCUAGUGCGAUUAAGCAAUGGUGAUAUGAGGAAAGCUUUGAACAUAUUGCAGUCAACACACAUGUCAUCCCAACAAAUCACAGAAGAAGCUGUCUAUCUUUGCACAGGAAACCCCAUGCCAAAAGAUGUCGAGCAGAUAGCAUUUUGGUUAUUAAAUGAACCAUUUUCAACCAGCUUCAAAUAUAUAUCUGACAUGAAGAUAAGAAAAGGGCUGGCCUUGGUUGAUGUUAUACGGGAGGUUACUAUGUUUGUGUUCAAAAUACAAAUGCCAUCUGAUGUUCGUAUAAAGCUGAUUAAUGAUUUGGCCAAUAUCGAGUACAGGCUAAGCUUUGCGAGCAAUGACAAAAUGCAGCUGGGCGUGCUGAUCUCAACUUUCACUGAUGCUCGCACGUCUAUGGUUGCUGCUGCCAGCUAAAUUCAGUAAUGUGAUGAUCUUUUUGUUGCCCUUUGCUGCCCCCACUGGACUCUGGAAAUUUAGUGGCAGCUACCUGUAUGGAUCAAUGUCGUGUCUGUAUUUAGCAAGUUUAAAAGCAUAGUGAGGACUGUCUUAGAUCUAGAUGUCUGCUCGACGUUGUAGCUGCCUGGAACUUAGGAGUACUUCUGCCAGGCGUAGGUGAGGUAUGAUGCAUGUAAGAUUCUAUCCAGUAGUGAAGCAAUCGUAACCGAACUCUUUCUUUUAUGAAUUUACAUGCAAUUGCGAAGACAGUCGAUAUGGUGAAUCAUGGUCAUCCACAAGGGAAUCGUGAUCUGGAUCAGUGAACCGGAAAGGUUGAUCCUGUAUUAUUCCAUUGAGACAUCCGUACUGCUCUUGUGUUUACAAGUGCAAAGGCAGUUACCAUGUUACCAU